UGUAUUGCCUUUUUUCGAAUUAAAAAUGUAACGUUUAUUUACUGAUUUUGAAUUUUUAAAUCCGAACCUCUCUAGAAAACAAUUGUUGCUGUCAUCCGUUUGUUUUUUAUUUAUUCGUACGGGGAGGAAUUUCCAGCCCCAAACGUUGCUGGCCCUGUGAAGCAAAGUCAGCGAGCAGCACGGGAAGGCCCGGAAAGCCCGGAUUCCGAGUGUCGUGCCGUAUCAUUCCACCGGGGCAACGAAGCAGAAGGAUCAAAAGCGCCCCCUGCCCAGCCAUGAGUACAUUCCCAGGCUACAUUCCCGAGCUGCCCGGUAUCGGUAUCGAUCGGUUCGACGAGACGGUACGGGACCGGGCCAAUGUGUUCUUUCUUUCGCACUGCCAUCUCGAUCAUAUGUACGGGCUGUCGCCGAACCACCCACUGCCCGGUACGCUUUACGUGAGCCCCCAUUCGGCGGUUAUUGUCGGGUUCCGGUACCCGAAUCAAGCGGUGUACAAGGUACCGAUCCGGGAGCGACUAACCCUGUCCGUUACGCCACCGACCGGUGAGGAUCGGUACGAGCUGUGCGUACGCACCAUCCCGGCCGAACACUGUCCCGGUUCGGUAAUGUUUUACUUCGAGACGAAAACCAUCCGACUGCUGUACACCGGCGAUUUCCGGCUGUCGGCGGAAAGUUUAGCCGUUAUAGAGCAGGAUCAAAUACGUCCCACCAUCGUUUACCUCGACACAACCUUUCUCGAGCAGGAUUAUACCUAUUUUCCGACGCGCCAGGAAAGUAUGAACCGCAUCAGAACGAUCUGCUCACAGUGGCUGGAUGCGGAUCGGCGGAAUAUCGUUACCCUUUGGCUGCCAGCUCUGUACGGGUCGGAAGAAUUGUUCCACCAGCUUUACUUACAUCUGCGCGAACGGAUACAUGUCUACGCGGCACAGCGUGAGACGUACCAGCAUUUCGAAACCCUACGGGACGUGUUUACGGAUGAUGCGCUCGGUGCACGAAUACACGCUUGCAACGGUGUAACGCUGCAGGGUGAAAUGGUGUGCCGAAAGCAGGAGCAUAACGCUAGCUUUAUACUAACGAUCCGGCCAUCUGCACGCCGCUGGCGUCACCUACAACGCGACCAACCGUUCUGGUUGGAGUGCAGCAAGCAGCUGUGGUUCGUCUGCUAUUCGUCGCACGCCAGCAGCUCGGAGCUGAUAGAGUUCCUUCGCAAGCUUCAACCGGAAGCGCGAGACAUCCGGUUCAGUGUGGUUGGGGAUGAAAUCGAUCGUAUGCGCAAGGAGGAAUAUCUAUCGUCGUUGCUACCAACGACGGUCGAGGAGCGUUUGUUCGAUGAGGAGGUGGUGGGUGGCGAAGAGGGUGAAGCGAUGCUCACCCUGCCAUAUAAUGAUUUUAGUGCUGGGACAAGGACCGACAAACAGCUUACCACGACCACCGACAGGAUGCAGUUUGAUAGUGAGGAGGAAACCGAUGAGGAAACUCUCGCACCGCCCUGCAAAAUGGUAAAGCGAUGUUAAAAGGACCGUUCUCGCAAAACGCUCUUCUAUUUGUUAAUUUCUGCAUUUCAUUAUUGUACCGUACGCAAAUCACACUAAGCUAAAACGAAAUAACGGAGAGAAUGAACAAAAUAAAUGACCUAGCAGGCGCCCACAUCCCCUA